AUGUCGAUAUCAAAUGAACAAUUAUUAGAACAAAUUGAACAAACAUAUCAAAAAUAUUUGAACGAUAAUUCAACAGAACUUAAAGAAGAAUUAUGGAAAUGGAAAGAUGAUGUAUUAAAUGAUUUAGAAAUAUUUAUUACAUCAAAAGAAAAUGAAAUUGAUGAAAAAUUUAAACAAUUAAAUACACAACGUUUAAAUUAUCUUGAUGAAUUAAAAAAAAAUUUAGUUGAUAAUGAUGAUAAUAAUAAUCUAACAAUUGUUCAACAAAAUUAUCAAAAAUGUUUAAUAAAUUAUUCAAAUAUUGAAAAAAAAAUUACAUGUACAAAAAAUGAAAAAAUAAAUUUUUUAAAUAAUUAUUUUCAAUUAAAUAUUGAAAAAAUAAAAAAUAUGAAUUAUCAUUUUUCAUUUAAUAAUUAUUUUUUAAUAUCAAAAAUUAGUGUUCAAUCAACAAAUCCCGAUUGUACAUUUGAUUCAAAUCAAAGUCUCAUUGUUUAUUAUGAUAGAGAAAAAGGAUCAAGUUGGUUAAAUAUAUUCGAUUUACAACCUUAUUUAAUUAAUAAUGAUAAAAAUAAUAAUUUUAAUACAAUGAAAAUAAUAAAAAAUAUAAAUAUACGAAAAAUUAAUACAUCACAAUUUGGAAAAAUUUUUCAUAUUGAAUAUAAUAAAAUAUUAAAUCAAUUUUUAAUAUGUACUGGUGGUAAAAUAUUUUCCUAUAAUUCAUUAACAUCAAAAUUAGAAUUAUUUAUUAAUUGUGAAGAAGAACAAAAUGGUAUAAUACAAAAAUUUACAUGUGAUUCAAAUAAAAAUUUAUUUAUUUUAUAUAAAUUUAUACGACAUACAUUUAUUCAAUAUGAUUUAUCAUCAUUAAAAAAAAAAUAUCAAUGGAAUUGUGAUAAUUAUAUUAAAUGUGAAAAUGAAAAUUAUGUUUUAGUAAUUAAUGAUUUUACAUUAAAUAAUGAUGUUCUUAUAUUUAUUGUUAAAUUUGAACAAAAACAACCGAUAGCAAAUGAAAAUAAUGAGAAAAUGGAAGAAUCAACUAUUUCAAAAACUUUUCUACAACAUCAAAUUCAAAUUUUUACCUAUGAUAUGAUAUUAAGAUCAAAAAUGAAUUUAAAUGAGAUAUAUGAAAAUAUUCGUAUAAGAAUGUUACCAUUUAAUGAUAAAUAUAAAAAUGAUUUUCUUAUUAUAACAAAACGUCAAUUAUUUGUAUACAAUUUUGAUACAGAUAUUCAAUGUGUAAAUAAAUUAAUUAUGGAUGAUGAUACAGAAUAUGUAUCAUUUUUAUAUAAUGACAAAUAUUUAGUUAUUCGAACAACAUUUCAUAUGAAUAUAUUCAAAAGACAUCAGGAAGAAUCAAAAUUACUCAAAAAUGAUUAUCAACAAUCAUCAUCAUCGUUAUCACGUCUAUCAUCGACAUCUCGGGCACCAAGCAGCAUAAAUACAUCAUUAUAA